CCUCAGUUUGUGUAAAGGGUUUCUCAAAGGUCUUUAUCAACAACGACUUACGUAGCCUCUUAUCUUUCAAAGUGCUCUAGUAUUCUUACAGUCUCACACUAUUUGAUUGACGACUGUCGGCCAGCUUGUACAGAUCAGCGACGGCAUCGAAGCAAAACUCAAGACAACUCGCCUCGUCAUCCUCCUUCAAACGACUCGUACCACGACCUCUUCAGGGAUUCUUCUUCGAGAGCUGUAACAGGCAAUAAUAGGACUGCCAAGAUGGCGACCUUGCUGGGGGGGAGUAAUAAUAGGCUGAGGAGCAAGGCCAAGAUGAGACCUCCUAGGAAUUACGCACCGGACCAGGAUAUAGAUGAGAUCUGGCAGAAGCUGGCCAAGGCUAUCAAGGCGAUCCAGCAGCAUCACGCCAGUCGACUCAGUUUCGAGGAAAAUUAUUCUUAUGGCUACAAGAUGGUCCUACACAACCACGGAGACAAGCUCUAUUCGGGCGUCAGGAAGCUCAUAGCCGAACACCUGGACGACCUCGCCGCCAAGGAUAUAGUGCCGACCUUCCCACGGUCCGGGGUGAUGAACAGUAAUACCACCCUAUCGAACUCUUUCAAGACUCUCGGGCUCGGAAGUUGUAGCGGUAGUGGAAGUGGUAGUGGGAGUGGGGCUGUGGACGAAGCUGGUUCCUCGACGACGACAUCAGCGAAGAGCGGGUCAGGGCCGAACGUACAGUCGAUAGAGAGUGCGUUGGAAGGGGAGAGGUUCUUGAAAGCGCUCAAGGCGGUUUGGGAUGAUCAUAUCUCGAGCAUGGACAAGCUGAGCAAGAUCUUGAAAUACAUGGACAAGGUCUAUACGAACAACGCCAACGUCCCGCAAUGCCACGAACUCGGCAAACGGCUCUUCUCCAGCAACAUCAUCCACUCGACCUCAUUCCCCAUCCAGACGAUCCUCAUCUCCACCCUCCUCGCCCAGAUCCAGCUGGAAAGGACCGGAGAGAUCAUCUCCCGUUCAGCCAUGCGCGAUGUGGUGGACAUCAUGGCUCUGCUCGUCGUCCAGGAAAAGGGGAAACGAGGGGUGCAUAGCGCUUAUGAGGUGGAUUUCGAGCCGGUCUUCUUGAGAAAGAGCGAAGAGUUUUACAAGGAGGAGGCGGAGAGCAGUUUACAGGCGCUGGAUGCGAGUACAUAUUUGCGAUUGGUCGCACGACGGAUACAGGAAGAACACGCUCGUUGCUCGGCCUACCUGGUGGCUUCAACAGCGGACAGGCUCUUGCCGAUCCUCGAUCAACACUUGUUAGCAAACCACCUGGAGACUAUCCUCAAUAUGCCCGGGUCUGGCUUGGUCACGAUGAUCGACGACGACAGGAUAGCAGAUCUGCAUCGGCUAUACGAACUAUUCGGACGACCGCGAAUACCAGAAGGGUUGGAGGUGUUGAAAAUCGCCAUGAAAAAGACGAUUCAAGCGAGAGGGAGCGGUAUCAACGCGUCCGUCUUGAGCGGGGGAGAGGUGAAUCAAGAGGGACCUACAGCGGAGACACCGGCACGGGAAACGACAACAUCAGAGACGGGCUCGAAGCCGAAGAAGCCGACCCUUUCGGGAGCGGCGGCGGUGGCGGCGGCGCUCCGUUGGGUUCAAGAGGUCGUCGAUCUCAAGGACAAGUUUGAUAGGGUCUUGAAGGAGGCUUUCGAGGAGAACAAGGGGCUUCAGAUGGCCAUGAACGAGGCAUUUCAAACGUUCAUCAACCAGAACCCACGGUGUCAAGAGUUCAUCUCGUUAUUCAUCGACGAGAACCUCAAGAAGGGGCUCAAGGGGAAAACGGACGAAGAGGUCGACGCCGUGCUGGACAAGACCAUCGUCCUGUUCCGUUUCAUCAUCGACAAGGACGUCUUUGAGCGUUACUACAAGGCUCAUCUGGCCAAGCGUUUAUUGAACGGGAGGAGCGUUUCAGAAGAUGCCGAGAGGAACAUGGUGGCCAGGCUCAAGGUAGAAUCCGGCUAUCAAUUCACGCAAAAGCUCGAGGGAAUGUUCAAUGAUAUGCGUCUGUCGACCGAGAUGAUGAAUGGGUAUCAGAGGACGAAGCACAACAAGCCCGAGACAUCCGCACCCGAUCUCAAUGUAACAGUCUUGACAUCGACAUUCUGGCCUGGGGAAGGGACCGCUACUACCUGCGUCUUCCCUCCAGCUCUCGGUGGCAGCAUCUCCGAAUUCGAGCGCUUCUAUCACAACCGACAUUCUGGACGACGGUUGACGUGGCAGUCUAAUCAUGGUACUGCCGACGUCAAGGUCGCAUUCAAGGCUCGCAAACACGAGCUCAACGUCAGCACGCAUUGUCUGGUCAUCCUGUUGAUGUUCGAGGACCUCGAAGACGGCGAGGAAUUGAGCUUACAGGACAUCAAAGCGGCAACGAAAAUUCCUGACGGUGAUCUCGCUCGGAGCCUACAAUCACUAGCCUGCGGCAAAUUUAGGAUCCUGACGAAGAACCCCAAAGGGCGGGAUGUCGGGCCGAAUGACAAUUUUUCGUUCAACUCCGGUUUCACCUGCCCAUUGGCCAAGAUCAAAAUCCAGACCAUUGUCGGCAAAGUCGAGAACAACGAGGAGCGAGCAGAGACACAGGAGCGGGUCGACGAGGAGAGGAAACACCAGAUCGAGGCCUGUAUCGUACGAAUAAUGAAAGCGAGGAAGACACUUUCCCAUAACGAGCUGGUCGCCGAAGUCGUCCGACAGUUGAUGACGCGGUUCACCCCGACACCUGCAAUCAUCAAGAAACGAAUCGAGGGUUUGAUCGAUAGAGAGUACCUUGAACGUAAUGACAUGAAGAACUAUAGCUAUCUCGCAUGAACAGGUUGUCCAUGGCCCACUUAAGUAUCGAUAUGACCGACAUGACACGACACCCGUUGUACCUGACGAAUUCUGCACCUGUAAUGCAAGGGGGAAAGCUGUGAAAUCGAGCUCAGUUCCCUCUUCGCAGGAAAAUCCUUUUGCUUAUACGAUUUCGCCCGAAUGGCAGCCAUUUGUGGUUGUUCAAAAUUCAGAGCGAGACGCAGACAUACAGCCAGCGAGUCGAGCAAAUCCGGCAGCCAAUGAUAAGGGUAGUCGUAGGAGGUGGCACCGUAUACGAUUCUGUAUAAGUGUCCUGAUUCGAUGGUGUUGGAGGGUAGGCCUCGGGCGAGGGUGUAUGUCCGAUCCGAUAGCUCUUUCAGCCUGCGUACCACGCACUUGUACUAUAAGCCAUCAAAUAUAGACACCCAUCGGAUUCCUGCGC